GGAAAACUCGAGACGGGGGGCAAGGGGUGUGGGCAGAGAUGAUUUAAGGGCAGCUCCCACCCCCAGACAUCCGCAGAGCUGCAGGGCACUGACCUGGAGCAGAUCACACUUCUGCUGCCGGAAGCUCAGCAGCUGAGCAAGGAGUAUGGCUGUGUGUACACGGUGCACCUGGGGCCCAGGCGCGUGGUGGUCCUCAGCGGGUACCAAGCUGUGAAGGAGGCCCUUGUGGACCAAGGGGAGGAUUUUAGUGGUCGUGGCGACUACCCUGUCUUUUUCAACUUCACUAAGGGCAAUGGCAUCGCCUUCUCCAACGGGGACCGGUGGAAGGUCCUGAGGAGGUUCUCUGUCCAGAUUCUGCGGAACUUCGGGAUGGGGAAGAGGAGCAUUGAGGAGCGGAUCCUGGAGGAAGGCAGCUUCCUGCUGGCAGAGCUAAGGAAAACUGAAGGCAAGCCCUUCGACCCCACGUUUGUGCUCAGCCGCUCCGUGUCCAACAUUAUCUGCUCUGUGAUCUUCGGCAGCCGCUUUGACUACGACGAUGAGCGUCUGCUUACCAUUAUCCGCCUGAUCAAUGACAACUUCCAAAUCAUGAGCGGCCCCUGGGGAGAGUUGUACAACAUCUUUCCGAGCCUCCUGGACUGGGUACCCGGGCCGCACCGACGCCUUUUCCAGAACUACGGGUGCAUGAAGGACCUCAUCGCCCGCAGCGUCCGCGACCACCAGGACUCCCUCGACCCAGACUCUCCCCGGGACUUCAUUGAUUGCUUCCUCAACAAGAUGGCACAAGAAAAGCAGGACCCGCAUAGCCACUUCCACAUGGAUACCCUACUGAUGACCACACAUAACCUGCUCUUUGGCGGCACCGAGACUGUGGGCACAACGCUGCGCCACGCCUUCCUUGUGCUCAUGAAGUACCCAAAAGUGCAAGCCCGCGUACAGGAGGAGAUCGACCGCGUAGUGGGUCGCGCGCGGCUGCCGGCGCUGGAGGACCGCGCGGCCAUGCCUUAUACAGAUGCGGUGAUCCACGAGGUGCAGCGCUUCGCAGACGUCAUCCCCAUGAAUUUGCCGCACCGCGUCACUCGGGACACAUCCUUUCGCGGCUUCCUGAUACCCAAGGACACAGAUAUCAUCACCCUCCUUAACACAGUUCACUAUGACCCCAGCCAGUUCCUGACGCCCCAGGAAUUCAACCCUGAGCAUUUUCUGGAUGCCAAUCAGUCCUUCAAGAAGAACCCUGCCUUCAUGCCUUUCUCAGCUGGUGAGAGCCAUGCGGACAGGAGUCAGGGUCUUUGGGGUCCCAUAUUCCUACCUACGUUCCUCAUUCCACUCUUUAAACCCUCUCGUUUCUUCGUCCUACCACAUCCUCAACUUUGGGUGUGCAGAGACAUUUGUUCUCCCUCCCAACUCUGUUCCUACAGGCAGAUAAAGGCUAAAAAUCCUUGCGGAGGGUGGUGGGGAGGCAGGAUAUUAAUUCAACUUGGAAGUAGUCACCGUCAGUAUCUCCACUGGGUGGCGCAGGCGAGCAGUUCUCCUUUCCUUGGCUUUGGUCUUUCCCCUGAUGAAAAAAAAUCUUUCCUGUUUAACCCAGUAGCAGAAAUAAAAAGGGGGAGGGAGGAAUAAUAAGUCAUUUACCAUAUUGCCUACCGCGUACCAAGCUCUACUCUUAAGAAGACUUAUUCGAGGGUGGCUAAGAGUUCGGUUUUCCAGCCAGACCCCAGAUCUGUCAUUUCCUAGCUAUAACGGUCUUGGAUACGUUACUUCACCUCUCUGUGCCUCCACUUCCACAUCUAUAAAAUGGAGAAUGAUAGAAUUCCAAGGCGCGUCUCUUGGAAUUGUUAGGAUUAAAUUAUAUUAUCAGUAUAGGGCUUAGAGUAACAUUUGACAGGCAAUAUGACCUACAUGGCAUUAUAUUCAUAUUUUUUAAAGAUUUUAUUUAUUUGACAGACAGAGAUCACAAGUAGGCAGAGAGGCAGGCAGAGA